GCAAUGGCCGAUGACACCACCUCGCUGCCCAGGAGGCGUCAAUUGAGGGAGAGAACGAGAAAACUUUACACAGACGACUGGACCCUGGGGGAUGAGGAGAUUGAGGGCAAAAGGACCUUUCAGCUCGAUGAGAAGAUCGAGUGUGAGAGGUAUAACCUCAGUAACUUCACAGGACUCUUCAGGGAGAUGAAUGGAGCUGAACUCAAUCUGAGUUUUCUGCAGAGAUAUGGACUCAGUAUUCCUUUAUUAUUCAGGGAUAAAACUGGACUUGGGCUCAGGGUUCCAAGCCCCAAUUUUUCGAUUAAUGAUGUCAGAACAUGUGUUGGUUCGAAAAGACUUUUGGACGUGAUGGACGUGACCACCCAAAAGAACGAAGACAUGACAAUGAAAGAAUGGCAGAGAUACUACGAGGACCCCAACAAGGCUCGCCUCCUCAACGUCAUCUCCCUCGAGUUCUCCCACACAAAAUUAGAAAACUACGUACAAUCCCCAACCCUCGUACGCCAGGUGGACUGGGUGGACACAGUGUGGCCAAGGCACCUGAAGGAGUCCCAGGUGGAAGCAACAAAUCUUCUUGAGGACAUGAUGUACCCAAAGGUCCAGAAGUACUGUCUGAUGUCAGUAAAGGGCUGUUACACAGAUUUCCACGUGGACUUUGGAGGCACCAGUGUCUGGUACCACAUUUUGAGAGGUGGCAAGAUCUUCUGGUUGAUCCCACCUACCGAGAAGAACCUCGCACUGUAUCAGGAAUGGGUUUUGAGUGGAAAACAAUCAGAUGUUUUCUUCGGCGACAUGGUGGAUCGAUGUGGAAGGAUCAGUUUGACUGCAGGGAUGACAUUGUUCAUCCCAACUGGUUGGAUUCAUGCUGUCUACACUCCUCAGGAUUCCCUGGUCUUUGGUGGAAACUUUCUCCACAGUUUUGGCAUCGAUAAGCAGCUGAAAGUGGCACAAGUGGAGGAACAGACCAAAGUACCUCAGAAAUUCAGAUAUCCCUUCUUCACUGAGAUGCUGUGGUACGUUCUCGAGAGGUAUGUUCAUGUGCUCCUGGGGAGGAGUCAUCUAGACAUCUCUGAGACACAGAGGCAGCAUGUCACUCCACCUGUUCAAAUGCAUCAGCACCUGACGCCUUUUGAGCUCCAUGGGCUCAAGAGCAUUGUCAUGUAUCUGCACUCGCUGCCCAGCACGAAGAAGAAUGUUCCUGAGUUGAUCAGGGAUCCUGUGGCUCUGAUUCAUGAUGUGAGGUGUCUCGUAGAGCAGCACAGGCAUGACAGCCCGGAGGCUGCGGUCACUGGGAAUCCCAUUCUACCGACACCACCGCCGUUGAGCAUUGUGGAAAGGGAACGAAUGAAAGUAGGGAGGAAGAGCUACACCAAACGUCCAUCCCCCAACUCAGCCAAUUCCAACGAAGUCAAACAAGAGACGAAACCCACAGUGCCACGAAGAAGAAGAACGCGAUGUAAGAAGUGUGAAGCUUGUACACGACAAGACUGUGGAGAGUGUGUUUACUGUCAAGACAUGGUGAAAUUCGGCGGUACUGGCAGAGCGAAACAGACCUGUGGGAUGAGACAGUGUCUGAGACCGAUGUUACCUGUGACUGCAGCCUGCAAAGUCUGUCAAUUGGACGGCUGGGGCCAGCAUCCAGCUCCACUUAUGGGUAAACCAACACCAGUGACCCCCUCCACCCUAAUGGAAUGCUCAAUCUGCUUCGACAUAGUCCACCCAGCCUGCGUGGGAAUCGAUCCCCAACGUCUCACCAUCAACGAGGACAUCCCCAACAGUUGGGAAUGCCCCUCAUGCUGUCAAAGUGGUCGCAACGUGGACCACCGUCCCCGUCCCCCCAAGAAUCGUGUGCGAAAAAUCUCCGUCUCCUCAGCAGCCUCAUCAGCCCCCACAACAGACUCCGAACGCGCCACCACCCCCAGCAAAAGAGCAAGACCAGACCCAGCAGAGACCUGGAAUGAUCGUGAGGCAGCCGAGGGUGACCAAAGAUCAGCUCUGAGAACCCAAUUGGCAGCCCAAUUAACAGGAUCAAGUAACAAAUCCCUGAAGCGUCCUGUAGUGGUAGUUAGACCCGUUCAAAUUCCCCCAGUUCAUAUAACUGACAAGUCACCGGUUUAUAACAAAAUAGCACUGUUGGCGAUAUUCAAGUACUUAUCACCCAAGGAUCUAGCCAGUUGUGCUGUUGUCUGUCGUACCUGGGCUAGAUACAGCAUUGAUCCCACUCUCUGGAGACGAAUGGACAUGUCUCAUGCGCAUUUAACAGCCUCACACUUGACUGGAAUUGCUAGGAGACAGCCUGAAACUCUCUGCCUGGACUGGUCAAACGUGGCUAAGAGACAACUGGCUUGGCUGCUGGGCAGGCUCCCACAAUUGAGAUCUCUCUCGUUGAAGGGAUGCACUUGGGCAGGUGUCUGUGCCCUGAGAACCUGCACCUGUCCACCUCUGGUGAGUCUCGAUCUCUCUCAUGUGUCUGGACUCAAUGACUCCAGCCUCAGAGAGGUGCUCAGUCCACCCACCGACUCCAGACCUGGGCUGAUUGACAAAACAUCCAGGUUGAAGCAUCUGAAGAAUCUGUCGCUGGCUGGGUGUGACAUCACUGAUGUCGCCCUCAGGUACAUCGCUCAGCAUCUGCCACAUCUUGAGAUUCUUGAUUUGAGCUCUUGUGGAAGGGUCACUGAUGCUGGAGUUGCACAGAUAUCGACUCCUCCUGCUCUGGCAAUCGCCAAUCUUGUGAGUUUGAAUUUAUCCAAUUGCCGACUGCUGACAGAGACCAGCUUGGAACAUCUGACGAGGUGUGAGGCAUUGAAGAGGCUCGAUCUCAGGCACACUACCCAGGUUUCCACGCAGGGAGUCAUCAGGUUUGCUGCUAGAAGUAUUCAUAAUCUUCAUGUGACGGAUGUUAAACUUGUGGAGGAGAAGAAGGUCAAGGAGAGGGGGACGUGA